CGGUGCAUUCACCUCUUGCGGCUGCGUUUAGCUGCAGCAGCUCCCAGGGGAGUUAAAAUCUAGGCAAUGGCAGCUGUGGCAAGGAGCACCGUGCGGCUCGGACCAGUGUAUACUGUGCGGAUCCCGUGGGCACGCAGCCUAUGCGCGUCCACGCAGCCAGGAAAGGGGGUUGUUAAACCACUGGAUGGCAUCAGAGUCUUAGAUCUAACUAGGGUUCUUGCUGGUCCCUUUGCUAGUAUGAUACUGGGAGACCUGGGUGCCGAGGUGAUAAAGGUGGAGAGGCCAGGUUCCGGGGACGACACAAGAUCAUGGGGUCCGCCAUUUGUAGGAAAGGAAAGCACUUAUUUCCUUAGUAUCAACCGCAACAAAAAGAGCAUCGCAGUAAAUUUGAAAGAUCCUAGGGGAACCAAGUUAAUACUGGAGCUUGCGGAAGUUUGCGACAUCCUCAUGGAAAACUAUCUCCCGGGCAAGCUUGGCCAGAUGGGGCUGGGAUACGAGGAUGUUCAGAAGGUGGCGCCCCGGCUGGUCUACUGCUCCAUCUCUGGAUAUGGACAGAGUGGGCCGAUGUCUCAGAGUCCUGGUUAUGACUCUAUUGCCUCUGCUGUGUCCGGCAUGAUGCACAUAACGGGCCCAGAGGAUGGAGAACCAGUGAGACCCGGAGUGGCCAUGACUGAUCUGGCCACGGGACUGUACACACACGGGGCUAUUAUGGCUGGGCUUUUACAGCAACAGAAGACUGGGAGAGGCCUCCACAUCGACUGUAACCUGCUGUCUUCACAGGUGGCGUGCCUCACUCACAUAGCUGCGAACUACCUGAACACAGGGAAGGAGGCAAAGCGUUGGGGUACCGCCCAUGAGAGCAUUGUUCCCUAUCAGGGCUUCAAGACCCAAGAUGGCUAUAUUGUUGUGGCUGCUGGAAAUAAUAAACAGUUCGCCCAAGUAUGCGAGGUGUUAAACCUCAGAUGCCUUUCAGGAGACCCAAAGUUUAAGACCAACAUGCUACGAGUAGAGAACAGGAAGGAGCUGCUAAUGAUCCUUGCAGAGAAAUUCUCAGAAAAGAGCACUGGCGAGUGGCUGGGAAAGUUUGCGGGGACCGGCGUGCCCUGCGGUCCUAUCAACAACAUCCAGCGUGUCUUCUCAGAUCCACAGGUUUCCCACAACAACCUCAUCUUGAAAAUGGACCAUCCCACAGCUGGAAAGAUUGCUGUUCCAGGUCCAGCUGUCCAGUAUAGCGACUUUAAAAGCAACAUGCCAACACCGCCUCCUCUCAUUGGCCAGCACACGGUGCGGGUUCUGAGAGACCUACUGGGUUACAGAGAUGACACUAUACAGCAGCUGCUGAAAGCGGGAACGGUGUCUCAGAACGAGGUGCAGUGAAGAGUAGGCCACUUAAUACCCCAGGAACUGGUACCAUCGUAUCCGAGAGAGCCA